GACUUCAAUAUGACAAAAAUUUUAAAGAACCCAAGAGCAUAUACAAUGCCCACAUUCAAGGAAGAAUCAACUGUAUCAAGACUAACAACAAAGUCCCAUUAUAUUAGCACUGGUCCAGAGUUUAACCGUGUGCUCUUCAAUUUUGGACGUCAGAGUCCACUGAUUUUAUAUUACCUUAAGAUGCAUGAGUUAGCUGGUAUUUCCAAAGCCCCUAGACAAACCAAGAUUAAACUUACUGAAAUAUCGCAAGAACCACCACCUGCUCCAACCUACCGUGAUGUUAUAAAAGAGGCAAAAAGACAAUUUGCAAGGAACCAAAAGGAAUUUCGGAUAGAAAAGCACAGAAUUAAUGAAGAAAUAAAACUCCUAAAACAGCGGCAGGAAAGAAUUGACAAGGAGCUUGACAGACUCCAGGCAAAGGCUACCAAAAAACCUUACGAAGUUAAGAAUGACUUCGAGAAUUUCCUCCAUAAACUGCAUUCUGAAGCUCGAGCCAAGAAAGAGUUUCUGGCAUCACUCUCAUCAUCAUCAUCAACAGAAGACUACAACUAUGAAGAAGAGGAAAGUCCAGAGAAACCAGAAAUGAACUGUGUUUAAGAACAUGGCAUACAAUGCAAUUGUAUCCUUUUAAUUGUAGCAGUAUGUUUAAUUCAACGCCAAUCCAUGGGGUCAGUAUUGAAUGUCUUUUAUCAUUCAUCUUUAAAAAUCCUGAAAUCAGUAAAUCUCAGUAAAUCAUUCUUAA